AUGACAUACCUCCCAUCACCUCACCAACACCCCCCAUCAACAACCCACGACCCAGUAUCCGCAUACCACCGCAUCCUAGCCCGCGAGCGUAUCCGGGCAAGCGAAUACCUUUCCGUCGCCGCGCAGCCACUGGCGCACGAGCGGAACAUUGUGAGGGAGAAAGAGGCGGUCAGUGCGCGGUUGAGGGCGCAUGAGCAGGUGAUUGCCAGGGAGCAAGGGGAGGCGCUGUGUAGGGCGGAGGCGCGUGAGAGGAUUCUGUGUGGUGCUCGUCAGGGCUGA